AUGAGCCACUGUGGCCGUCUGUUGUCUGCUAUCAUAUCUUUGCAAGAUGAGGCAGCGGGGGUGAGCUGGGAAAUACUACACACUUUGUUGUACAUACGGCGCAGAAGAGAGACGGGAAAAGAGUGUGGGGUUGCUGAAAGUCCAUCGACAGCCCACGACCGGUUUCGCCCUUCUUGGGGCUCAUCAGAUAGACGCAGUCCCCGGGUUUCCGUCAACCUUAUGUUCUACUUGAAACCAAAUUGCACGAAAUUAGCGAAUAUACACUCAUCUGCAAACUAA